AGUUCGUGAAUUUCUUCCGCAAACUUUUAGACGAGUCUGCUGCGUGGAGAGAGGAGCGAGCCGGCCGCGGUCCAACCACACAGAACCAGAACCCCGGCGAGACAUCGGCGAAAAUGGCGAGCCAGCUGCAGCAGCUCGUGGCGGAGAGGAAGGACAUGGUGGAGACGGUGAUGGAGGUGUUUGAACACGGCGCCGAAAUGGUGGCGAGCAUCGCCGGCGACCUCUUCCCAAUCUUCGCCAUCGCCGCCCCGAUCGUGAAGCUGGCCCUGGACAACGUGGAGAGCAAAGAGGCGGCGUUCAUGAAGGAGCAGUUCCAGAAGGUGCGCGAUCGCCUGGAGGGCGUCUCCGAGGAGAUCCGGCGGAUCAACGAGGAGAUCAAGAAGAGCGGCUUGGACGCCGUGUAUUUCCCCGUGGAGGAGAACAUCACCAACCAGUUCAGGAAGUACAUGGACAUCCUCAACGCCAAACCCAAAUUCCGCGAGGUCAAGAAGAAGCUGUUCCUGGAGCACUUCGCCAAGAGCGGCGGCGACAAGAACCUCAUCACGCUCUACAACUCCGUGACGGGGGACAACUUCUCCGGGGAGUCGGUGCUGGAGAUCACGCUGAACUACGAGGAGAAGAGCCGCCGGCCGGUGGAGGACUUCUGCGCCCGGCUGAAGAAGCUGUUCUGCGUCGGGCUCAUCGCCCUGUUGGGCCACGCCGCGCUGAAGGGCUACGGCGAGGAGGACGCGCUCCUCAUAGACUGGGGCGAGAAGAUGAAGACCGUCCAGCUGAAGAUGAACGCCGUCAUCGAGGACUGCAUCGUCGGCUUCCCCAAGCAGGCCGAGGCGGACGCGCGCCGGCUGGUGAGAGACGAGGCGAGCGUGACCAACCAGCAGCUGGCGGACGCCAUCGUGGAGAAACUGAAGAAGAAGUACGACUGGGUGGGCUGGUCCGUGAGGGUCUUCCGGACCCCUUCGGGUUUGUUCGCCAACAAGAAGGAUUACCACUGCCCGGUCGGGAAGAGCCGCUUCCAGGUGCCGUCGUCGGACGAGAAGCUGAACGUCUGGGUGUCCUACAGCGCCUCGCCGGAGCCCGUGGACGCCGCUCGCAUCCAGCAGCUGAUCCAGGGUCAGAAGAAGCCCACGGUGGUGGGCGUGGCCGAGUUUCUGCACGAGAAGCUGCCCGGCUCCUGCGUGGUCCACACGGUGAAAACCAGCAAGGACCUGGGCUGCUCCUGGAGCUUCAGCGAGGAGCUCCACUACUGGGAGGAGCACAGGAACUUCUUCGUCUGCGCUCACUGCGCCUGAAGCGGGAAACACUCGGAAAAUAUUGAAAUGCGACACCGUUUGUGCCUUAAUUCAGGAGCUUCUUUACUGGAUUUCUCUCUUUUUCUAAAGAUGUAAACUGUUAGUUUCUUGUAGUCUGGGUGAAUCACAUCAGGUCAAUUUAAUAUAUAUACAUAUAUCCACAUAUAUAUACAUACACACACACAGGGUUUGUACGGUCAUGGAAAUCAUGGAAAAAUCAUGGAUUUUUUUGAUUGUUAUUUCCAGGCCUGGAAAAGUCUGAUAAAAAAAUAUUUACUCCCCAAAAGUUUUGGAAAAGUCAUGGAAAUGUGUUAUAUUCAUAUUUUACAAGAUGAUUGGUCAUGUACAUUUGGUUUAAAGUCCUGUAAACCCGUUGGUCAGCAUGUGUGUGACCCCUGCACACAGGCCAACACCACACAUGUGUUCUUAAGGAGUCUCAUAAUAAGUGCAGCAUACGACUCCCCGAUCCUGAGAGCCUCGAUUUAGAUCAGGAGAAACUUGAAUUAGGGUGAAAGGAGGAAACCUGAGGGUGGCGUCCCUCUCACAGGACGGACACACAUGUGAUAGAUGUCACAUCAACAGAAAGUGACUUCUUUAACUAACAACCGUGACCUUUUGACCCCAUUAGCGGAUUUCUCUGCGCAGGCUCCGCCCCCUUUCUUCAGGCUUUUAUAUCACAUGUCUCUUUUUGUUAUGAAGUUUCUCAAUCCUGUAAAUAAUCUGCAAGAUCACAGCUGCUGAGGAAUUCUGCUGUGUGAUGGAGGAGUGUGUGUUCGCUGUAAGUUUCAGGAGGACGUGAUUGUUUUGCUUUUGGGUUGUUGACGUAGAAUCCGGCCGUCUUGCAUCGUGUUGCCGGCGGUGAUGAGCGGCGAUGACCUCGCACGGACUGACAGAAACCGUCAUUUGGAUUUCACUUCCCGUAUUCCGAGAAGAAUAAACCUUAUCCACCCCGACCACAAAGUAGAGACGGAGUAGAGGCGGAGUAGAGACGGAGUAGAGACACAAAAUGUGUACAACAUCAACACUGCUGUGUAGAGGCUGAAGGGAGACGCCACUGACCUGUUAGUUUGUUUUUUCAAACUGCUGUAAUCUGAGUUCUUUGUGUAUUGUUUAAUGUUAUCACCUACACGUUUAAGAAUGUCCUUCAACUUUUGUUAUCGAAACUAAAUUAUUGAUAACAUCUUGCACUCGUUUUUCAUUAUUUCUAUUUUCAUAGAAUAAGUUUUGGAUUAUCAGCGUCUCAAGAUUCAAAAUCCUGUUCAGUGAAUGUCAUGCAGCUUCCAAAUAAACAUUAAAAAGUC